AUGUCAUCAACAUCUCCGCCACCGUCUUACAGCCCAAGACGUCCGCCACCACCAUACGAAGAGCAAAAUAGUCGAAACGCCAAAAAAGUGAGUGUUGUGUUGUUUUCAGAAAACAACAAAUCUUAAAACUCUCUGUUUCACCAUGGUGAUUUUGAAACCUUUCAGUAUUUUUUUCCUGCUAGCGUGAGAAAAGAGUGUAGAAUUUCUUCAUUAUUUGACUCCGCCUAUUUUCAGUCGGUUUCAGAUUCUUUUUUCUAAUUUGCGUGUCACAUGAAAUUCAGGUUUUUAUUUAUUCAAGAUAUUUGAGACUUCGUUUUUUUUUUUGAAAGAAAAACUGACAUUUUCAAAAAAUGUUUUCAGGAAACACCCAUGGAAUUUAAUCAAAAGUUUUUUUUUGCAAAAAGAAUAACACACCUCUCAAUUCAAAGUGUAUAAUAUUAAUAAUAAGAAUACCACCACACCCAUUUUUACCUUCUAUUUUUAUAUUCAAAUGUAUGUACAUUUUCAUUUUCAGAUAACAUAACCUAAAAGUUCUUAUUUUGUUUUUUCGCCCGACUUUUCUUCCGUUUUUCAUGAUUGAAAAAGAAAAACAACUAGUAAUCAUAAAAGUGCAAAACCGCCCAGCUAGAAAAUCAUAUAAUAUAGGAAAUAAUUAGUUUUUUUCCCCUAUUUUUUAUUGGUCACCUUUUUUGAGAAAAAAAAAAGAAAGUGAGAAGAAGAUGAAUAAUGUUUGAGAUAUGAUUCAUGUUUCAAAAAUUGAAAUGAUUUUAUUUUUAUUUUUCAUAUAAAAUAGUUCUAUUUUGAUUUUUCUUCUUGAUUCAAACUUGAUUUUUUUUUCAGGAAUGUUCAAUGUCUGAACACAAUUAUAAAGUUUCGCCACCACCAUUUGUACCACUUUCCGGUCCAUCGACAAUUGAUGUUGAUCAAUUACAGGUAAGCAUUUUUUCGGGUGAUUUGAUUUAAUUUUUCAAGUUUUAAUUUUAGGUUGUCCUAACAACAGCGAAUACGCAACCAACAACUGUAGUUAUUGUACAAGAAGCUAAACCUGCACCAACUUUUGCCUCAUAUGAAACAUUUUGCCCCACAUGUCAGGUAAACCUUUUUUCUUUGUGGGUGGCCCUUUAAUAUCUGAAAAUUUUAAUGUUUUUUGUGAAGAUGUUUGGCAAACUAUGAAGUAAGAGACCACCUUAAUUAAUAGUUUGACAGAAAAACCUUUUCGUGUUCAAAAACCAUGGUCGACUCCUUAUUGACCAUGACAAAAAUUUGAAGUUUUCAUAAUCGAAUUAAAAAUGUUCCGUUCUAUUUUCGAAAUGUUUCCUUGUAUCAAUAAUUUGUUAUUUCAUGAGAAAACAACAACUAGAAAAAUAAUAAUCAAUUUCCCCCUUCCCCGAAAAAUGAGAGCAUAUGGAAAAUGUGACUUUUCUCGUGUCGUAUAGCUGAGUUCAGCAACACAUAAUUUUGUGGUGCUGAAAUUUGCAUAUGAUAUGAGAGAAAAAGGAAAGGAAAUAAGUCGAUGUUUGAUUCUGAUCUUGACGUAAUUAGCUGAAAAGGGAAUUUAAUUUUAAGGUUGGCCGAUUCCGAAAUUUGAUACAAUCUGACGUAUUUUUUCAGAAAUCAAAAAUGAUAUCAAAUUAGCUAAUGUUUUUUGAAGAGAAUCCACAUUUUUCAGAAACCGAUCCAUACACUUCCAAAAUAUGUUAACGGUGCUUUAACCUGGAUUGUCUUUAUCCUUGUUCUUAUAUUAUUCUUCCCAUUGGCUUUUGCUCCAUUCUGCUUGGAAUCUUGUAAAGAUGCUCAUCAUUAUUGUGCUCGUUGCAACACUUUAAUUGGAAUUAAGAAACGUAUCUUCUGA